AUUUUUUGCAAAUAGAAUAACAUUUUUUCAAAAGUUGGGAAGACAAUCUCGUAUAAAAACUUUUUAUUUUUCGAAUGAGAAAUCAAAAUCGGACAAAAAUUUCAUAUUAUAAUCCAUUGCAUGAAUUUUAUACAGAAUAUUUAUAUACUAUAAAUAUAUAACAAUGGAAAAUCCAGAACGUAUAGUAAAAACUGUUAUUCAUGUAGGUACAAAGAAUGUUACCUUUGUUCCAGGAACAAAGGUUGUAUUUCAUUUUAAAACGACAAAAUGUGAUACCAAUAAAACUGUAAUAGAUGACAGUAAAACUAUGGGAUCUCCAAUGGAAUUGAUUUUAGGAAAAAAGUUCAAACUUGAAGUAUGGGAAGUAAUUGUACAAAAAAUGGCAUUAAAUGAAGUGGCUUGUUUCAAAAUAGAUAAAAGUCUAGUUACUGCAUACCCUUUUGUAUCUAAAACAUUGAGAGAAGUAGGUAAACCACAAUCUGAAAAACGCAGUCAUCAUUGUUGUGGAGUUACUCUACAAAAUGAAGGUAUUGGAUAUGAAGAUUUAAAUGAACUUAUUAAAUAUCCCCAAGAUUUAGAAUUCACAAUAGAACUUAUACAAAUAAUAUUACCAAAUGAAUAUGAAAAGGAAACAUGGCAGAUGACAGAGGAUGAAAAACUUAAAAGUGUGCCAGAUUUAAAAGAGAAAGGAAAUAUUUUUUUCAGGGAAAAAGAUUAUGAUAGAGCCUCUGAAAUGUAUGCCAAAGCUAUUGGAAUUUUAGAACAACUUAUGCUUGCGGAAAAACCAAAUGAUGAUGAAUGGUUGACUUUAAAUAAAAUGAAAGUUCCAUUAUUAUUAAAUUAUGCACAAUGUAAAUUAAUAAAAAAAGAAUAUUAUUCGGUUAUAGAACAUUGUACAACAGUUCUAAAAAUUGAACCAGAUAAUGCAAAAGCUUUAUAUAGAAGGGGGAAAGCUUAUAUUGGUACAUGGGAUGAAGAAAAAGCUACCAAAGAUUUGAAAAAAGUUGCAGAAUUAGAUCCUUCCCUACAGAAUAUGAUUGAUAAAGAAUUACAAGCACUUUCAAUAACCAUAAAAGAAAAAGAUAGAUUACAACAACAAAAACUCGUACAAAUGUUUAAAUAAUUAAAUAUAUAUUAAAUGAUUUUUAUUUAUAUACAUUUUUUUUUUUAUAAGAGAACAUUAUUUUGUUUGUUGCAGUAAAUUACGUUUUUUAUUACUAAAGUAUUUGCUAUAAUUAUUCUUAUACUCGCGAAAAUUAUUACGUAGAAAAGUGAGAUCUGGAGUGAGAUUUUGUUAAAUAUUAUCAGUAUAAAACAUUAUGACACGUUUAACAACUUGUUAGAUCUAUUAAGUUUUAGAUAGAUAAAUCAAACUUGUAAGUCAAAGGACAUAGGAUUGAAGGAAGUUGUAUUAAUAAAGGCAUAUCAUAGCAUUAACUUCUAACAAUAAUAUAUUUCGAAACAUAUUGUCAAUGGGGGAUAAACAUUAUAACAGAUAAACUAUAUGUUGAAAUAUAAGAUUCUUAAGUUUGCAA